AUGUUGUCUGGCAAGUGGGAAGAAGCUGUGCUGCAAUUUAGAAACAUGAUUGAUUGUGGACCUUUCCCUGAUAUUGUUACAUUCAGUUCUGUGUUGGAUGCUUUGUGCAAGGAAGGGAAGACUGCAGAGGCACUUAACCUUAUGGAAGAAAUGUUCCUUAGAGGUGUAAAGCCUGAUGUCGUCACCUACAACUCCUUAAUUAAUAGCCUCUGCCAUUCCGCUCAAUGGAAAGAAGCCACAAGGUUGUUUAAUAGAAUGCUGGAUGAAGGAAUUGCACCAAAUGUUGUAACCUUUACCACUGUAAUACAUGCUCUUUGCAUGGAGAGAUGGACCGAGGAAGCGCACUCCGUGUUAGAGCUAAUGUCCCAAAGAGGUACGAGGCUUGACAUUUUCACUUACAACUCUCUAAUUUAUGGCAUGUGUCGUACAGAUCAAUGGGCUGAAGCUACAAGGUUGUUUGAUGAAAUGGUAGUUCAGGGAGUCUUACCUGAUACCAUAACUUUGAGAAUACUUUUGGAUGCUCUCUUCCAAGGACGGAUGCCAGAAGGGGCUCAUAAAGUAGUUGAGUCCAAAGUUAAAUAUGAUAUGGAGCUGAGCAAAAUAACUUGCAGUAUGCUAAUUGAUGGUUAUUGUUUUCUUGGCAAAAUGGACAAGGCAAAGGUCAUUGAUUUAAUGGUGAUAAAAGAUCAUGUCCCUGAUAUUGCUUCUUGCUAUAAUGCCUUGGUCAACGGCUAUAUGCAAGCUAAAAGGAUAGGUGAAGCUUUGAGGCUCGUUGAGGAAAUGAUCGAACAGGGGGUGAUGCUUGAUGUGGAAACCCUCAAAGCUUUGAGUGGUUUGCGUCCUAAAAGGCAUGUUGUAUCUGCAGAAUAG